AUGGGCGGUGCCCGAGACGUGGGCUGGGUGACGGCGGGCCUGGUCCUCGGGGCCGGCGCCUGCUACUGCCUUUACCUGCUGGCGCGGGCCCGGCGGCGCCCCUCGCGGUCGGCAGAGGACUUAACAAAUGGCUUGUAUGACGAAAGCCUCAGUGCUGAGCAACUUCAGAAACUCCUUUACUUGCUUGAUUCAACUGAGGAUCCUGCAAUUAUUGAAAGAGCUCUGGUCACUCUGGGCAACAAUGCAGCCUUUUCAGCUAACCAUAUCGUAAUUCGUGAAUUGGGUGGUAUUCCAAUUGUCGGGAACGUGAUCAACAGUCACAACUACAGUAUUAAAGAGAAAGCGUUAAAUACACUAAAUAACUUGACUGUGAAUGUUGAAAAUCAGGAAAUAAUAAAGGUCUACGUCAAUCAAGUUUUGGAUUCAUCAUUCCUUUCCCUUUAUGAUGGCCACGUGGCAAAGGAGAUUCUUCUGCGAGUACUCACACUGUUUCAAAACUUAAAUGACUGCAUUAAAAUGGAUGGUCAUUUAGUUAAGUCUGCUUUCAACUUUCAUAAAGGUUCGUUGUAUUCCCUAUUAUACGGACAAGAAUGUGCUCAGAAAAUGAGAGCUCUAGUUCAUCACCCUGACGUGGAUGUGAAGGAAAAAGUUGUAAUAAUUACGUAA